AUUUUAGGUACUGGAACAUUUGGUAGAGUGGUACAAGUCAGACACAAAGACACUAAAGAAUAUAUGGCAUUAAAAGCAAUGGCAAUCACAGAUGUCGUCCGGUUAAAACAAAUAGAACAUAUUAAAAAUGAGAAAGAAAUUUUAGCAUCUAUCAGUCAUCCAUUUAUUGUAAAUAUGAAAAAGGCCUGGCAUACAGACGUAUUUUUAUAUAUGUUAAUGGAAUAUAUUCCGGGGGGUGAACUAUUUACUUAUUUAAGACAACGGGGACGAUUUCCUGUCAAUGCCUCCAUUUUUUAUUCGUGUGAAAUUAUUAGUGCUUUAGACUAUUUACAUGUGAACUCUAUUGUAUACAGAGACUUAAAACCAGAAAACUUAUUAUUAGACCCAGAUGGACACUUAAAAAUUACUGAUUUCGGUUUUGCAAAGAAAAUUCAAGAUAGAACGUGGACAUUAUGUGGAACACCAGAAUAUCUCGCUCCAGAAAUUAUACAGAGUAAAGGUCAUAAUAAAGCUGUUGAUUGGUGGUCACUUGGUGUUCUUAUAUUUGAAAUGUUAGUUGGGUAUCCACCAUUUUAUGAUGAUAAUCCAUUUGGAAUUUAUAAGAAAAUAUUGGAUGGGAAAAUUUCCUGGCCAAAAUUAAUUGAUCCUGUUGCCAAAGAUUUAAUAAAGAAAUUACUGUGUCAAGAUAGAACAAGAAGAUUAGGCAAUAUGAGGAAUGGUGCAGAAGAUAUUAAGAAACAUAGAUGGUUUAAAAGUAUAGAUUGGGAAGAUGUUGUCAAUAGAAAACUUAAGGCACCCAUUGUUCCAGAAUUAACCCAUUCUGGCGACACGACCAAUUUCGAUUCCUACCCAGAAAAUGAUUGGAUAAAUUCUGAACCAUGUAGUCCAGAAGAAUUGGAAAACUUUCUGGACUUCUAA